UGAUCCGCGGUAUGGCGGCACACCGCUCCGGCCCUCUCAAGCAGCAGAAUAAAGCUCAUAAAGGCGGGCGGCAUCGGGGUCGGGGGUCCGCACAGCGGGAUAGCAAGGGCCGUCUAGCACUGAAAACCCUAAGCAAGAAGGCGAGAAAAGAGCUCAGCAGAGUAGACCGGAGGCAUCGCGCCAGCCAGCUUCGAAAGCAGAAGAAGGAGGCGGUUCUGGCAGAGAAGAGACACUUGGGCAGCAAGGAUGGCCCUCCUCAUCAGGUACUGGUGGUGCCCCUGCACGACAGGAUUUCCCUGUCAGAGGCCUUUCAGCUGCUUCAAGAUAGGGACACUGGAACAGUACACUUGAACGAAUGGGGAAGUACCCAUAGCUUUACACUGCUAUGCCCCCACUUGAAACAUCGGUGGGUUUUCACAUCUGCAAGGCCAGGGGAUCUGCACACUGUUUUAGACAUGGCUAAAGUAGCUGAUACCAUUCUAUUCCUCCUCGACCCACUAGAAGGCUGGGACAGCACCGGGGAUUACUGCCUUUCCUGCCUCUUUGCUCAGGGCCUUCCCACCUAUACACUUGCUGUCCAGGGGGUUUCUGGCCUCCCAUCGAAGAAACAAAUAGAUGCCAGAAAGAAGCUAAGUAAAGCAGUGGAGAAGCGCUUUCCUGAUGACAAAUUCCUCCUGUUAGACACUCAACAGGAGGCACGGAUGCUACUCAGGCAGUUGGCUAACCAAAAGCAACGGCAUCUUGCUUUUCGAGAUCGGCGGGCCUAUCUAUUUGCCCAUGCUGCUGAUUUUGUGCCUAGUGAAGAGAAUAACUUGGUGGGCACUUUGAAAAUCUCAGGCUAUGUUCGUGGGCAGACUCUGAAUGUAAAUAGCUUGCUGCAUAUUGUUGGACAUGGUGAUUUCCAGAUGAAACAGAUAGAUGCCCCCAUGGACCCUUUCCCUUUAAAUUCUAGUGUUACCAAAUUCCAAAAGGAACCAGGCAAGGCAAAUGAGAUUUGUGCUACAGAUACUGUAGCUGAUAUGGAAGAAGACCUUAAGGUCCUAAUGAAAGCAGACCCUGAUAGACAGGAGUCUUUGCAAACAGAGGUUAUUCCAGAUCCAAUGGAGGGAGAGCAAACCUGGCCCACUGAGGAGGAGCUAAGUGAGGAAAAUGACUUCUCGAAGGAAAGUUCCAAGGUGGUAAAGAAGGUCCCCAAAGGAACAUCCAGUUACCAAGCUGAAUGGAUUUUAGAUGAAGGUGGCGAAAGUGAUGGCGAAGGAGAUGAAUAUGAUGAUAUAGGACAUGAGGAUUUUAUGGAAGAGGAAUCUCAGAGUGAGAGUAGUGAAGAGGAAGAAGAGGAGGAAUGUGAAACUGUGACUAUAGCGGAGUCUGUGCAUGAUGAUCUGUAUGAUGAGAAAGUGGAUGAAGAGGCCGAGGAAAAAAUGUUGGAGAAAUAUAAACAGGAAAGACAGGAAGCUAUGUUUCCAGAUGAAGUGGACACGCCCCGUGACGUGGCUGCUAGAAUUCGAUUUCAGAAAUACAGAGGCCUCAAGAGCUUCCGGACAUCUCCAUGGGAUCCUAAGGAAAAUCUUCCUCUAGAUUAUGCUCGGAUCUUUCAGUUUCAGAACUUCACUAAUACUAGAAAAAGUAUUUUUAAAGAGAUUGAGGAAAAAGAGAUUGAAGGAGCUGAGGUUGGCUGGUAUGUCACACUUCAUAUCUCUGAAGUCCCUGUCUCAGUGGUUGAGUACUUCAGGCGAGGAGCACCCUUGAUUGCAUUUUCUUUACUACCUCAUGAACAGAAGAUGUCAGUAUUGAAUAUGGUGGUGAAACGGAACCCUGGCAACACGGAACCUGUGAAAGCCAAAGAGGAGCUGAUCUUCCACUGUGGAUUCAGGCGCUUCCGAGCCUCACCUUUAUUCUCUCAGCACACUGCAGCGGAUAAACAUAAAUUUCAGAGAUUCCUGACUGCUGAUGUGGCCCUGGUGGUGACAGUAUAUGCGCCAAUCACUUUUCCUCCUGCAUCUGUGCUGCUUUUCAAGCAGAAAAGCAAUGGAAUGUACAACCUCAUUGCUACAGGCCAUCUGUUGUCAGUGGAUCCAGACAGAAUGGUCAUCAAGAGAGUUGUUCUCAGUGGUCAUCCUUUCAAAAUUUUUACUAAGAUGGCAGUAGUGCGUUACAUGUUCUUCAACAGAGAGGAUGUGCUGUGGUUUAAACCAGUGGAACUGAGAACAAAGUGGGGCCGCAGGGGACACAUCAAGGAGCCUGUGGGUACCCAUGGCCACAUGAAGUGCAGUUUUGAUGGGAAGCUAAAAUCUCAGGAUACAGUACUGAUGAACCUCUAUAAACGCGUUUUCCCCAAAUGGACUUACGAUCCAUAUGUACCAGAACCAGUACCUUGGACGAAAAGUGAGAUUUCUUCAACAGUGCUUGAAGUGGACAUGGAGUAACUAAUUCAAACGGAUUCUGUUUUACUGGUGCCAGUUAGCGCUGUGGGGAUGGGAGCCUAUAGGUUGUGAUUGGGCAAAGUCUGUAUCUUCUACUUUAGCCUGUAAGUCUGCUACCCUUUUUUGUAAGAGACUUCUUGGCCUUGAGGUGUCUCAGUUGAGUAUGGAAGUUUUUCUACUACUACUUAGUCCAAUACGUCCAUUCUCCAUUAGAAUUUUGAUAACUGUUUUAAGAGGGGAAGAUGGAAAGUUGACAGUGACUAGGAAACCAAAUUUCCAAGUAUCUAACAACACUGAAUCCCAUCUCUUCCUUUUCAUAAAUUAAACAGGAACAGAUUGAUAAGAAGCUGGCCUUUCAGCUUGCUUCACCCAAGUUAGGGAAGUCAAAUCUACAUUUCCACCACUGAGCACAAUACAAAUGUUCUUUACUUCUGGAGAAA